GGGGAUUGUGGGGAGGGUGUUGUGGUCUUGUGGCAGAGUGGGGUCUGGUCUCUGUGUGUGUGUGUGUGUGUGUGUCCUCACUGUAACAUGGCAGCGCUCCUCAGAACAGCUCUCAAGUGCAAGACCUUUCCUCCCGCUGGACGUCUGUGCUAUUCAACAUCCGUGCCGACAACCAAAUUAUUUAUCGAUGGGAAGUUUAUUGAUUCAAAGACGUCUGAGUGGAUUGAUGUUCACAACCCUGCCACCAACGAGGUCAUCACCAAAGUGCCCAAGGCCACCCAUGAGGAGAUGACGGCGGCUGUGAACAGCAGCCAGAGGGCAUUCGCAGCUUGGUCGGACACCUCCAUACUGAGUCGUCAGCAAAUCUUCUUAAAGUACCAACAGCUGAUCAAAGACAACAUGAAAGAAAUCGCCAAAAUCAUUACACUGGAGCAAGGCAAGACCCUGGCAGAUGCUGAGGGAGAUGUUUUCAGAGGCCUGCAGGUUGUGGAGCAUUCCUGCAGCGUAACCUCCCUGAUGAUGGGCGAGACGCUGCCGUCCAUCACCAAGGAUAUGGACACCUACACGUACCGGCUGCCCCUGGGAGUCUGCGCUGGCAUCACUCCCUUCAACUUCCCAGCCAUGAUCCCACUCUGGAUGUUCCCCAUGGCCAUGGUGUGUGGCAACACCUACCUCCUCAAGCCUUCAGAGCGGGUGCCAGGGGCCGCUAUGCUGCUGGUCAAGCUGCUGCAGGACGCAGGCAUCCCGGACGGAACCAUCAAUGUUAUCCACGGGGAGCACCAAGCUGUGAACUUCAUCUGCGACCACCCUUUCAUCAAGGCCAUCAGCUUUGUGGGGUCCAACCAGGCGGGAGAGUAUAUCUACACCAGAGGCUCCCAAAAUGGCAAGAGGGUGCAGUCUAACAUGGGUGCAAAGAACCACGGAGUGGUGAUGCCCGAUGCCAACAAGGAGAACACCCUGAACCAGCUGGUGGGGGCAGCAUUUGGUGCAGCCGGGCAGCGCUGCAUGGCUCUCUCCACUGCUGUGCUGGUGGGAGAGGCCAAGAAAUGGCUCCCACAACUAGUGGAGAGAGCAAAUAAACUCAAGGUCACCGCAGGUGACCAGGCUGGGUCAGAUAUCGGGCCCCUCAUCUCCCCCAAAGCCAAGGCUCGGGUGUGCGAGCUGGUGCAGAGCGGGGUGGAGCAGGGGGCCACCCUGUUACUGGACGGGAGGAAUGUCCAGGUGAAAGGCUACGAAAACGGCAACUUUGUCGGCCCCACCAUCCUGUCCGGCGUCAGGCCUGACAUGAAGUGCUACACGGAGGAGAUCUUUGGGCCGGUGCUGUUGGUGCUGGAAGCAGAAACACUCGACGAUGCCAUUGACAUGAUUAACAAGAACCCGUACGGGAACGGCACUGCCAUCUUCACCACUAACGGUGCCACCGCCCGCAAGUACACCCACCAGGUUGACGUGGGCCAGGUUGGCGUGAAUGUGCCCAUUCCUGUCCCACUGCCCAUGUUUUCAUUCACUGGAUCCAGAGGUUCCUUCAGAGGAGACACUAACUUCUAUGGCAAGCAGGGCAUUUACUUCUACACUCAAGUGAAGACUGUCACAUCCCAGUGGAAGGAAGAAGACUCCACUUUAACGAGUCCUGCGGUUGUCAUGCCAACCAUGGGACGCUAGACUCACAACCCCCACCCCCCGGUGGUGAUUUGUUUUAGAUUUGACCUGAGAUGAAGACGGACAAUGAUUUAAUCAUGUACAAAACAAUAAUAGUGUUUAAAGUCCGCCCAGACCUGGUUUUGGAGGGAGCACCGUGGGCGAGAGACCUGGGCCCAGGCAAAGAACUUUGAUUUGUCGCAGUUCAUUGAUCUGUUCGGUUCGAGAUUGAGCCUUGCAAUAAUAAUAAUAAUAAUAAUAAUCCUUGAAUUUGUUACAGCGCUUUAUCACGUUGUUGAGGGAAUAUACUGCAAAGUGAAUUGACUGUAUUUUGUGGGCGAUAUUCAGCAGCCAGUUGCGCACAGCAGCGUCACACAGACAGUCGUGAAUUGAGUGACCAAACUAUUAUUUUCUAUAUUAGUUUCACAGCAUUGACAACUACACCUUAAUAAACAGGUUUGUUCUUAUAAAGUAUCUUGGGACGUCCUCCCGACCUGAAAGGCACUAUAUAAACGCAAUUUGUAUAAAUUGUAAUUGGUAACACUAUUUAAUAACCCUUAAAUCCCAAUAUAUGCACUCAAAUGUACGCUUUCACCUACAGAGUACACAGUCACUACACUUUUCAGUAAAUCCUGGGAAGAGCUUUGAGAUGUCAUCAUGAUGUGACAGGCACUGUAUCAAAUUCAAGGAUUAUUAUUACUUUCCUUAUUGUUCCUCUUUUCUGGACUAAGCUAAUUUCCCCAGUGAGUUUUUUCUCUUGUCUCAGACUCUGGGCUCACGUGGAGAUGCUAUUCAGUUUGCUCCAACUCCAUCUCCUUCUGAGAGUCACGAUCGGUGUCUGGGUUUGUGUAUCAACAAUGAAACUGGUAACAAAAUGCACUACUUCACUACUUGGCGCUUCAAUCCUAAACUGUGGAGUUUAUUGGUAUCCCCAGUCAUGAUGUGUGUCCAAGACACAAGACAAAAGAUUUACAGACCGCUGCUAUUAAUAAAAAGCGCACCAAGCGAGCCUUUGUCAUCACCGUGUGUGUGUGUGUGUGUGUGCGCGCGCGGUGUGUGUGUAAACAUGUAUAUGAUACAGUUGUCAUGAUCUGAAAGGGAAUUGAGAGCACUCGUCGUCUCCACGUAACCGACAUUUGACUGUUCAGCGUGACUGACUGACUGACUGAGGCACUUAAAGCUACUUUGAUCUGCGGGUGAUGAGCUUGUACGUAACGAUGUUAUAACAUAUUCCUUUUCCCCCAGUUUCGACUAAAACAAAAUAAUGUAUCGCUUGGUAAUACACGAAACCUAUUUUGCUCUGUGUAACUCGGACACCACGGUGUACCUGUUUCAACCACGUAGAACACUGCAGCUGCAAAUUAAAGCGAACAAAUUAAAAUUUCUUUCUAAAA